CAGGUAAUGUUUGUCCCGAGGGUCAAUAUUGUGAAGCAGGAAGUGCCAAUGGCACAUACUGUCCCCCUGGAACCUGGCGUAACGAAACUACUGGUAAAAGUAUAAACGACUGUCAAAACUGUACACAGGGCUCAUACUGUGCUGGCUAUGGGAACAUUGCUGUCGAUGGAGAUUGCGACCCUGGGUACUAUUGUCCUGAGGGAAUGUCUUCUAGCACUCCUGCUGAUUUCCCAUGCCCUGUGGGUCAUUAUUGCCCAUCAGGAAGUUAUGAACCAAUCAGAUGUGAGUCUGGUUACUACCAGGAUGAGACAACCAAGGGCUCGUGUAAACUGUGUAUUUCUGGUUUCUAUUGUGACAACACAAUUGAUCCAGUGGUCCUCUUCAAUUCAACAUAUUGUCCUGCUGGUGAGUUCU